AUGGUGGUUAAUUUGCUCACCCCUACUUCUAAUAGUGGUGUUGGUAGAAGUCCUUUGUCUAACAUUACGAAUGUUGAUACUAAUCAAGUUGAGCAUCAAGACUAUGUCGAACGUAGAAAAUUAAGGAAACUGUAUUUGGAUAAUAAAAGACGAAAUGCAAAUAAUAAAUCUUCUACUUCACGAAACGUCAUUCGUUCAUCCAACGUUUCAUUAUCUGAUACAAAUCAUUGCCGUGUCGUAACACCAAUUCGUUCAUCCUCUUAUAUGAAUACGAUGGAUGGACGUAUUUUGCCAACCACACCUUUAACAAAUCCCUACGAGAAGUGUACGUCAGUUGAAACUGGAAGAAGUCCAUUGGCUAAUAUUACAAAUGUUGUUUCUAAUGAUGUUGAGCAUCAAGAAUCAGCUGAACGCAGAAAAUUAAGGAAACUAUAUUUGGAUAAUAAAAGACGAAAGGCAAAUAAUAAAUCUUCCACUUCACGAAACAUCAUUCGUUCUUCCAACGUUUCACAAUCCGUUACAAAUGAUUGCCGUGUUGUAACACCAAUUCGUUCAUCCUCUAAUAUCAAUACCUUGGAUCGACGUAUUUUGCCUACCACACCUUUAACAAAUCCCUACCAGGCGUAUACAUCAGUUGAAGCUGGAAGAAAUCCAUUGGCUAAUAUUACAAAUGUUGAAACUGGAAGAAGUCCAUUGGCUAAUAUUACAAACGGUGUCAAGAGGAUACAAAGAAUUAAACAAAGGUUGUCUACUAAAGGUCACUGCGUAUAUCCUGUUAUAAUGGUUGAUUUAUCUUCCGACAAUCAUAUUAUUCCUAAAAAAAUUGCUGAAGAUCCAUAUAAAGGCGUUUCUAACAAUUAUUUGCAUCAUGGUGAUCAAGUAGUUGUAUGUGACGUAUGUAACGCUAAGUUGUGGAAAGUUGAAGCCGGAAAAGGAAGGGUUUACUUAGGAAGAAAAUCUUACAUGCUUUGUUGUGGUUAUGGAAAAGUACAUCUUCCGAAUUUUAAAGAGACGUAUCAGGAAUAUCAAAAUCUUUUCAAGAGUUUAGAUGACAAGAGCAAGCAUUUCUUACUAAAUAUUCGUCGUUUUAAUUCUAUGUUUUCGUUCACUUCAAUGGGUGGUAAAGUUGAUUCGAAAAUCAAUAGAGGAAAUGCUCCAUAUGUAUACCGAAUUAGCGGCGAGGAUUAUCAUACACUUGGAAGUCUUCUUCCUAAAGAAGGUGGUGAACCAAAGUUUGCGCACCUUUACAUAUACGACACAAAUAAUGAAGUCUGUAAUUGCAAAACCGUAUUUAGUAACUCAAAGAAACCAGCUUCUGCAACUUCUGAUUUGCUUGACACUGAAUUAAUAGAGUACCUUAAGUUGAUUUUAGAUUCAAAUAAUCAGCUUGUGAAAACCUAUAGGCGUGUACGAGAUCGGUUUGUUGAUAAUCCUCACAUUGACUUAAAAUUACGGCUUAAGGCAAAUAGGUCUAGAGAUGGUCGUACAUACAACCUACCGACGUCGUCCGAAGUUGCUGCGCUUAUUGUUGGAGACAUUGAGGAUGCUCUUGAUAAUCGUGACGUAGUUGUUGAGUCAAAGAAAGAUGGUCUACAACGUAUUAGCGAGCUUCAUCCAUCGUAUCUCGCGCUUCAGUAUCCAUUGCUUUUCCCUUUUGGUGAAGAUGGUUACCGGGUUGAUAUUCUUCAUAGAGAAGGAAGGGAAUCAAGGAAGAAGAAAGAGUCAAAAUGUACAAUGAGAGAGUAUUUUGCUUACAAUGUUCAAGAUAGAGUCAGUCACUUCUCUUUGAUUCUCAAUGCUCGAAGACUUUUGCAACAGUUCUUGGUUGACGUGUAUACGAUGAUUGAAAGUGAACGAUUACUAUUCAUACGUCUGCAGCAAAAUAAUCUGAGAUCUGAGAUAUAUGAGAACCUUAGAAAGCUUGGACAAAAUGGUAAUCCUGAUAUGUCAAACGUUGGAACACGCGUACUACUACCGUCUUCGUUUACCGGUGGAUCGCGUUAUAUGCGGAAGAAUUAUUAUGAUGCGAUGGCCAUUUGUAAAUGGUUUGGCUACCCUGAUUUUUUCAUUACGAUCACGUGUAAUCCGAAAUGGCCGGAGAUUAAAAUAUUUCUGAAGAACACGAACAUUAAUCCCGAGGAUAGACCGGACAUUUUGUGCCGAUUGUUCAAAAUUAAGCUUGACGCAAUCAUGAAAGACUUGCAAGAGACAUCUUUAUUCGGCAACGCAUUGGCAGUUGUCUAUACCAUAAAGUUUCAGAAACGAGGCCUACCGCAUGCCCAUAUAUGUCUGUUCUUAAAUGACGAAAGCAAGCUACCUUCGGUUGAGCAUGUUGACAACUUUAUUUCUGCCGAGAUACCUGACAAAAACUUAGAUCCAGAUCUAUAUACUCUUGUCAGCGACUAUAUGAUUCACGGACCUUGUGGUGUUGCAAAACCAAAUUAUCCGUGUAUGGUCGACGGACCCGAUAGGGCAGAAUUUGGUUUUAUACAAAAUGCCGAUGAAGGUCAGCGUGAAGAUGGAAAAGAUGAAAUCAAAGAGUAUUACGAUUGUAGAUAUCUCUCGGCGUCCGAAGCUUCAUGGCGCAUAUUUGCAUUUGAUGUUCAUUACCGCUAUCCAUCCGUAAUCAGGCUUCCGUUUCAUCUACCAGAUAAACAAAACGUUAUAUACGGCCCUGAUGACGAUCUUGAUAGUGUUCUUCAAAAACCAUUUGUUGCUUCUACGAUGUUUUUGGGGUGGAUGGAAAAGAACGAAAAAGAUCCGCUGGCGCGCACCCUUACUUACGUUGAGUUCCCAACUAAAUUUGUAGUAGGUCCUAAGUCUUUUGAAGAGAUUCGUACUGUGAAUGGAGAAGUCUUCCCAACAUUUAGAGAUACGUGCUACGCUAGAGGCCUUUUAGAUGACGUCAAGGAGUAUAUAGAAGAUAUCAAAGAGGCUUACUACAUAGGUUCAGGAUACUAUCUUCGUAAUCUGUUUGCUAAAAUGUUGGCGUCUAUUACAUUAUCAAGGCCGGAACAUGUUUGGGAAAACACAUGGGAGUACCUUUCGGAUGGUAUUUUAUACAAUCGCCAAAAGCUUUUGAGGAUCGAAGGUUUGUCUCUUCCAGAAGAACAAAUAAGGAACCUAACGUUGCUGGAAAUUGCGCGUUACUUAUUACGUAACAACUCAAGUUUAAGUCGGUUUCCGUCUAUGCCUCAACCCGGCAGUGAGUCAAUAUAUUCAGCAGAUAACCGUUUAAUUGCUGACGAGCUUCGGUAUGAUGUAAGCGCUACUGCCGUUGAAUUUCAUAAUAAUUUAAGUUGCCUAACCGAUGAGCAGCGUUUAGUGUUUGAUGAGAUAAUUGAAGCAGUUAAUAGUAAUGCGGGUGGUGUGUUCUUCGUCUAUGGCUACGGAGGAACUGGUAAGACGUUUCUGUGGAAAACAUUAUCUGCAUCCAUUAGAUGUAAAGGAGAUAUUGUACUAAAUGUUGCAUCAAGUGGAAUCGCAUCUCUUUUGUUACCUGGUGGACGUACUGUACAUUCAAGGUUUCAUAUACCUUUGAAUUUAACAGAAAGCUCAAUGUGUUUUAUUAAACCGGACGAUGACGUUGCUGAUUUAUUAAGGAAAACGAAAUUGAUAAUUUGGGAUGAAGCACCGAUGAAUCAUAAACAUGCGUUUGAAGCACUUGACCGGACAAUGAAAGAUAUCUUCAAAUGUGAGAUGACCGUUGGUGGUAAAGUUAUGGUGUUCGGUGGUGACUUUAUACAGAUACUUCCGAUUGUACCAAAUGGCAGUAGGCGAGAAAUCGUUAAUGCUUCAAUCACUUUGUCGUAUAUUUGGAGUAGUUGCGAGGUCCUUACGUUAACAAAAAACAUGAGGUUAACCGUAGGAGCGAACGCAUCUGAUAUCGAAGAGAUUAAAGCUUUUGCGAAUUGGUUGCUCGAGUUGGGCGAGGGAAAGAUUGGUGACAGUGACGAUUGUCAGGUGGUUAUAGAUAUUUCUGAAGAUUUGUUAAUCAAGUGCUCUGAGGAUCCUAUGUCAGAUCUGAUCGACUUUGUAUAUCCUUCACUUCUUCAACUGUACAAAGAUAAAGAUUUUUUUUUUUUUGCUGAAAGAGCUAUAUUGGCACCAACAAACGAGGUUGUUCAAGAAAUUAAUGAAAGACUGCUUACUUCGUUUCCUGGCGAUGAAGUGGAGUAUCUGAGUUUCUGA